AUGACACACCAACUCCCCUUCUUCCACAGCCUGCUGCGCCCCUGCGUGCUCCAGAUCCUCCGCGCGCAGGGCUACCAUGCCGCCCGCCCGUCCGUCGUCGACGCCCUCACGGACCUCGCCGCCCGCUACUUGACGCUGCUCUGCGAGUCCACGGCGCACCACACGGCCCACAACAGCACGGAGCUGACGGGGCUCGUGCCCUCGCUCGUCGACGUGCGGCUCGCGCUCGAGGACUGCGGCGCGCUGGCGGGCGGCCAGAGCGUCUCCAACGACGACCCGCGCGGCGUCGACGAGUUUGUCGACUGGUUUGUGUCCGGGCCGCGCCACCGCGAGAUUCGGCGCGUGGCGCUGGACGGCGACGACGACGAAAACACAGACUACCUGAUGAUGCUCAAGAAGAAGCACAGCAAGACGGGCGAGGACUCCAAGUACAGCAGCACCGUACUGGGACGGGGCAACGUGGGCGGCGGCGGCGGCGGCGGCGGCGGCGGGGAGCACCACGCCGCUGUGGAUCCAAACGGAGAUGCUGCUGCUGCUGCUGCUGCUGGCCCGACGCCCGGCGGCGACGGUAUUAUUGUGGAAGGCGGCGACUGCCCGAGCAUCACAGCGUGGCGCGAAAAGCGCAUCGAGGCGCGGCAGCAGCCGCGGCCGCCGACACCCGUGGCAGACGACGACGAAGACGAGGAGAUGGACGACGGUGACGAUGGCGACGACGCAAAACACCGGCGGCGGACAUCACGAAGCCCUAGUUCGGGCCUCAGCUCACUGGGCGACCGGUCGAUUGACGAGGAGAUGGAGCUGGAGUUUGGCGUCCAGCAGGGCGCCAACAACGGGACCGACGCGACGGAGGCCAAGGCGGCUGCAGACGCAAAGGAUGUGGUCAUGGAGACAGGGCAGACAGGGCAGACCGGGACGGCCGGGACGGCCAUCGCGACUGGAAAAGAGGCAGUCGGCUUAUAG